AUGGCUUCCGACCUUCUCCUCCACAUCCUCCUGGCCGCUGCCGCCUCGCUCUGGGCUGUGGCGGCUGGUCAGGACGACAACGUCCUGCGGCCUGUUGCACCAUCGUGCUCGACGACGGGCAACUACACCGCCGGCAGCAAGUACAAGAAGAACCUGGACGAGCUCCUGGCCGCGCUCCCCGCGGCGGCCGGCGACAACGGCUGGUUCUACAAGGGCCGCGCCGGCGCGGGCGCCGACGAGGUGUUCGGCCUCAUCAUGUGCUUCGCCGACCGCAACGCCACGCAGUGCCAGGACUGCCUCUCCAGGGCGCCGGCGGGGAUCACGACGGUGUGCCCGGGCAGCCGGAACGUGAGCGCGGCGUACGACGCGUGCGUGCUCCGGUACUCGGCUGCGCCGAUCCCAGCCACCUCGGACGCCGUGUUCGCCGUGUACCUGACCGUCCGCGGGGUGCCCGUCACCUCGGACGCCGUGCGCGCCGCCUGGGUGCCGCUGAUGAGCAAGCUCACCGGCGCCGCCGCCACCUCGCCUCUGCGGAUCGCCAACGCCAGCACGCCGUACUCAGGCCCGCCGUCGCAGGAGAUGUACGGGCUGGCGCAGUGCACGAGGGACCUCGACGCCAGCGAGUGCUCGAGCUGUAUCUCGAGCUACACGGGCAGGCUGGGGACGCAGUUCCCCAACAACACCGGCGGCGCCAUCAAGGGGUACAGCUGCUACCUUGUCUACCUGGUCACCCCGCUGGACAUCACCCUGCCGCCGGCGCCGGUGGCGGGGCCGCCGCCUUCGCUUUCGCCGCCACCGCCAGCAACAGCUCCAGCUUCGUCGUCUUCCAAGACAGGGAUCGUGGUUGGCGUGUCAGUCUUGUUCUUGGUAGUUCUUCUGGGAUUCUCGAUGUGGUUCUUUCUGCGACGACGACGGCGACGGAGGAAACAUGCUAAAAUCCUUGAGGGAGGGAGGGAGCAAGAGCUGGAACAGGGCGACUUCUUUGACGACGAGACCGAGAUGGAAGACGAGUUCGAGAAAGGGACGGGGCCGAAGAGGUUUCGCUACGGCGAGCUCGCCAUUGCCACUGACAACUUUUCCGACGAGCAGAAGCUCGGAGAAGGCGGAUUCGGGUCGGUGUACAGAGGAUUCCACAAGGAGAUGGGCAUUGAGGUCGCCAUCAAGAGAGUGUCCAAGGGUUCCAAGCAGGGGAGGAAGGAGUACGCCUCGGAGGUGAGGAUCAUCAGCCGGCUGCGGCACAGGAACCUCGUGCAGCUCAUCGGCUGGUGCCAUGGCGGCGGCGAGCUCCUCCUCGUCUACGAGCUGAUGCCCAAUGGCAGCCUCGACACGCACCUCUACAGCGGCGCCACCGGCGCCGCCCUGUUGCCAUGGCCGCUGCGGCAUGAGAUCGUGCUCGGCCUGGGAUCGGCCCUGCUCUACCUGCACCAGGAUUGGGAGCAGUGCGUUCUCCACAGGGACAUCAAGCCGAGCAACGUCAUGCUGGACGCGUCGUUCCACGCCAAGCUCGGCGACUUCGGCCUCGCCAGGCUCGUCGACCACGGCCGGCGCUCGCACACCACGGUGCUCGCCGGCACCAUGGGGUACAUGGACCCAGAGUGCAUGACCACCGGCCAGGCGAGCGCCGAGUCGGACGUCUACAGCUUCGGCGUCGUCCUCCUAGAGAUCGCCUGCGGGCGGCGGCCCAUGGUGGCUCGCCACGGCGAAGACGGCGUCGUCGUCCACCUCGUGCAAUGGGUGUGGGAGUUCUACGGCCGGGGAGCCAUCCUCGACGCCGCCGACGCGCGGCUGGUGGGCGAGUUCGACGUCCGGGAGAUGGAGACGGUGAUGGUCGUCGGGCUGUGGUGCGCGCACCCUGACCGGAGCCUGAGGCCGUCCAUCAGGCAGGCCGUCAACGUGCUGCGGCGAGAGGCGCCGCCGCCGAGCCUGCCGGCGAGGAUGCCGGUGGCGACCUACAUGCCCCCACCUGACGCUUGCUACUACACAUCUUCGGUGGCUACAGGCGGCAGCAGCGCCACCACCACCGGCACUUCCCAGUCCAGCAGCACGACAGAGACAUCUACCUUGCUGAAAUGACCACACAGCAUGGUUUUACACCAGGACAUUGUUUGGUUUGGCUAAAAAAAAUUUCGCGAAAAAGAAAUUUUGUAGGCAUGUUGUAUUAAACUAGCGAGGUGACCCGACCCGCGCAUUUGCGCGGCUAGUUUGACUAAAAUCUUGUAUAUUGCUAUUAUUUAAAUGUUGUUAUAAAUGUUUGGAAAACAACUUAUGAAAUUCUAGAAA